AUGCAAAUUCAAUACAAUCUCCAAGCAACUCUCUAUUAAGACAAAGCCAUGCCUUUGCUGCUGAAAAUGAUGAUGAUUAUCAAAUUGAUGUUGCUAAUACGUUAAUUGAUUUACAUCAAUACAGUCAUAGCCCUCGUUUUAUAAAAAGCCAACAAGGAAAAACAUUGUUAUUUUAUAACAAGUUUUUGUACAGAAUUGAUCAUAAAAAGGAUCUAAUUAUUUAUUAUCGGUGUCGAAAUAAAAGCUGCAAAGGUAGAUGCAAGUUUGAUGGAACAUAUUCUAUCACGUUUAUGGCGAAAAUGCCAAACAUUGGGAUUAUCAUCAUCGUACAUGGGGCAUUCGGAUGUACAUAAAGUAGUCCGAAGAAUGAGCACACUUCCAUUCUGUAGGGAAGAACAUGUGGCAAUAGUACGUGAUACUUGCUAUCAAAUGGCUGCUAACAAUAGUUUGUUACUAAGUUUUAUGCAAUAUAUGGAUACAACUUGGCUCGGAGUUAGACCACUAUUUCCUUAUAAAAUAUGGUCAAGGUAUAGAGUACUGGGUCCCCGCACAAAUAAUCAUUUAGAGGGAUUUCAUCAUGCCCUGAACCGAAAAAUAUCCUAUGCUCAUCCGAAUAUUUAUACAUUAAUAAAAAUUUUAAUAAACUAUCAAAACAGUAAUGAUCUAAAACUUAUUCAAAUAAAUAAUGGAUCAACGGUUAAUCGCAUUAAUUACUCUUACGAGAUAAAAGAUCGUAUGAUCUCAAAUUUAACAGAUAUUUAUGAAGAAAGCGAAGAUGUUAUUACAUUUUUGGACGAGUUAUUAUCGCUCCUUUACAAAUAUGUAUUUCCCAAUUUAUCCAAUUAAAUAUUUUUUAUUACA